CACUGUCCUACGGCAUGACGGGUCCUCUUGCACACGAGCCAGGCAGCGCCAUGGCUGGCCUUAAGUGGAUGGACUCCUGGGAGUUUUAGUCACUUUUACAAGAGCUUGACUCUAAUGUUGUAUAGUGCAGGAGAUGAUUUUGAAUCUUCUUUGCUAAGCUUUGAGAAUUUGGACAGAGCAUCACCAGACUUGUGGCCAGAGCAGUUGCCUGGAGUUGCAGAAUUUGCUGCAUCUUACAAAAAUCCCAUUACAAAUUCACCCCCUAAGUGGAUGGCUGAACUAGAGAGUGAGGACAUUGAAAUGUUGAAAGAGCUGGGCAGUCUGACCACCGCCAACCUGAUGGAGAAGGUCAAAGGACUUCAGAAUCUUGCUUAUCAGUUGGGUCUAGAAGAGUCCAGGGAAAUGACCAGAGGAAAGUUCCUGAACAUACUGGAAAGACCCAAGAAGUGACAUUUUUCGAGCAACAGGACUGACAUUUAAGAUGACAAAGCACUUCAGAUAUAUGUGCAUUAAUAUUUUCAGAAAGAUAUUUG